AUGGCACCGAGCGCACAUGACAUGGCACUGAGCGCACAUGACAUGGCACUGAGCGCACAUGACAUGGCACCGAGCGCACAUGACAUGGCACCGAGCGCACGUGACAUGGCACCGAGCGCAUAUGACAUGGCACCGAGCGCACGUGACAUGGCACCGAGCGCACAUGACAUGGCACCGAGCGCACAUGACAUGGCACCGAGUGCACAUGACAUGGCACCGAGUGCACGUGACAUGGCACCUAGCGCACAUGGCAUGGCACCGAUGGGGCGAGGAUGCAUGUCGCUGCUUCAAAACAAGCUGACGGGGUCCAUUCCAGCAUUUUUAACAGACCUUGUGUAUUUGACCAACCUGAACCUUGGCUACAACCGCUUGACCGGCACCAUCCCUGCCUCCCUUGGCGACCUCACCAUCCUUGAUCGCCUAUACCUACAUUAUAACUUACUGACAGGCACGAUACCAGCCACUUUAGGCAACCUUCUGAAUCUGGGAGACCUAUUCCUCAGCUCCAACAAAUUGAGUGGCAGUAUUCCUGAAUCGAUUUUCAAUCUCACAAAUCUCAACACAUUAUAUCUUCCAGGGAACAACCUAGUUGGUUCAAUCUCCACAAGUAUAGGCAACCUUCAAGCGUUGUCAGUGCUGAACCUUGGCUACAACGUCUUUAGAAACUCCAUUCCUGACUCAAUCACCAAGCUCACAAAUCUUGAGACCUUAGCAUUAUGGGGAAACGAGAUGACUGGCUCAAUUCCCGCGACAAUUGGCGUCCUUACAAAGUUGUCUGAGUUGUACCUUUCUGGCAGCAGCCUGACUGGCAGCAUCCCAGAGUCCAUCGGCAACCUCACGAAGCUCUCAAUCCUUGAACUUGCAGACACGAAUAUGACUGGACAGAUCCCUCCAACGCUGGGAAAACUCUCUAAACUUGAGCAAUUGAAUCUGAAUGGAACGGAUGCCCUUCCUUCUGCUCCACCUGCAACAACACCACCACGUGAGCCAAGAGAAUAUACAAAAAGCACAAAAAAAGCUCCGGCAUCCCCUUCUGCAUCUGCAACCCCUUCCUCCUCUGCAACGCCUCCUCUCUCGUCUGAAGCCACUGCCUCCCAGUCUGGAGGGGGGCUGUCUGUGGGAGCCAUUGCCGGCAUUGCUGUGGCUGUGGGGAUUCUGCUUCUGGUGGUGCUGAUUGGUGUGCUCUGGCGGUGGAGAGGCCACACGAGACUGUCAGCACGUGCAGCAAGCCGAGCUCCCAGCAUGACAGGCGCUCAAUGCACAGAGUACUCUCUUGAAGAAGUCCUUAAAGCCACCAAGCACUGGAACUCUGAGAACCUGCUUGGUUGGGUUGUCUUGCACCCCUCGCCACCACUCCACACCCCUUCCAUUCCAUCCGAUCCUCUACAGGCCGAGCUCCCAGCAUGA